GAAGGCAAACUCUGUCCGCGCCUCGUGAAGUAGACAGACCACAAUCAACAUUCAAAGCAGUCUUUCUUUCACGAGAGUAGCGCCAUCUUUCGCCUCAGGUCUCUCAUCAUCCAAUGAACCUCUAUCAUGCACAUUAUCAGGGGUUCCCCCGGAAUGAUGGCUGAACCAGUUGUCGUGCGGUGAAUACAUGAGCGAGUUACUGAUGCAUGAUUUUUCCAACCUGUAGCUGUUACUUCUCAGCUGUAACGAGAGUGUUGUUCCACACUAUGUCAUGAUUGACGUAAUAAACUGUUGAAUCGGCCGACAGUUAGCGAAGUUGCAGUAGGCCUAAUGGCUGGAGUCGAGAGGCAGGAAUGGUCUUUGCAAGCCCUGGGAAUCUCGCCCUACCGUGGCAACGCGUAUGACCUCCGCAUCGAUCUCAACUAUCGAAACCUCCAGCACCUCCCCCCAGAUCUGUUCAGUUUGGGCGAGCUCCAGUGGUUGAACCUGAACGUCAACAAGCUGAGGGACCUCCCGGCUGACAUGACCAGGCUGAGCCACCUCAAGUGGCUGUACUUGGAAAACAAUGCCUUCCAGUCUUGCCCGGAAGUAGUCUGUCGGCUCACCGAGUUGGUCCGGCUCUACUUUAGCUGCAACUUGCUGUCAAGCCUUCCGAAUGCCAUUGGGAGGCUCACCCACCUGAGAUGGAUCGACCUCUCGGAUAACCGCUUCGCCGAGUUUCCCACGGUGUUGUGUUGUGGCUCUCUCGCGGAGAACCUGGAGAGGCUCUUCCUCGACAACAACCAGAUCACCAGCCUACCCGGUCAGAUCGCCAACAUGAAGAGCUUGAAGCUGCUCUGGCUGAACGACAAUCGUCUAGAGUGGCUACCUCACGCCCUAUGUGAGCUUACCGGACUCGAAGAGCUUCAGGUGCGGAACAACCCUCUGCGUUGCCUCCCUGUCUUCCUAGCCGGCAAACUUUCCAAUCUCAAGGUCUUUGAGUGGCAAGGCUGCCCGCUGAUUCAACAACUCACCGAAGCCUGUCAGAAAGGCGUGUCCGGACUCGGUGACCAUCAAGACCAGGUUAACAAGAGAGCCGAGAAAAGAGGCAUGGUGCACUUCAGGGCCGAGGCAGGCCUAGACGGAGGCCGAGAGAGGCCUUGCUACCGCAUGAGGACUAGGCCCAGAGGAGUGGCCAUCGUCAUUGACAAUUUCUGCACCUUGGAAGUUGGGGAGAGUUUAAAUGGUAGAACAUCAAGUCAAUCGUCAGAAAGUGAUGGACGAGAAAAUGCCAAAGGAGAGGACAGCACAGACCGGUUGCGAAGUGUCCUGAUCAAGCUGGGCUUCAAUGUUCGCGUCAUGCGGGGUCUGAUGUCCCUCGACAUCAUCUCGGCCCUUCGCUUCCUGAGCCUGGAGGAUCAUUCCUACUUCGACUGCGUCAUCGUGUGCAUCCUCUCCCGAGGUGCUAGAGGAGGAAAGAUCAUCGGUCCGGACGGCAUUGCAGUGGACGUCCAGCAGCUGACCGACAUCUUCACCCGAGAUAACUGCCCCACCCUGGCCGAUAAGCCCAAGCUUUUCUUUCUUCAGGUUCUGGAAAGCGAUGCCAAGGGAAAACAACUUUCGCCAAGAGAGAGUGACGCCGGCAAGGAACUCCCUACCGCUACCCUGAUUCCCGACGACUACGAUUUCCUGCUCACCUUUGCUCUCAUCCCCAAGGCAGCCAAGAGCGAUUCCCUUGACAGCGUCUACCACUUCUAUGUCGGCGUCCUCUUCGACAUGCUGGAGAAGUUUGCUCGGAAGCUGAACCUCUUGGACGUGAUGACGACGGUGCACGGAGAGGUGAAGAAAAGGCGGCUGCUCAGUGAGAACUCCCCGGAGGAGCGUGUCCAAAUCUCCCCCGAGAUACAAACGACACUGAGGUACAAUCUGUACCUCAGUAUGGGCUCACCAGCGGCAGGUCAGGGGUCGAGAAUAUCAAAGUCAGUGCCCUCAUCCCGAGCCGCAACUUUGCUACGUUAAUCCAGCGUUCGUUUUUACCACUGAAAAUAAAGCAGAGCAACUCUUGUUUCAGGAACACACGAACAUGUUCUGACUUAGGGAUGAAACGAAGCGAAAAAUAUAGAUUUUCUUUCUUUUUAACCAAUUAUGUAGAUGGAGGUUAUCCUGUAGAUAAUUAUUUUCUGUGGCCUGAACUUAAGUUGCACACGGUCCAACAAAUUGAUGACAAACAAAAUACUCACACUGCAUGCGCAUUUCUGGAAAAUAGCCAAACUUUCUGUGCAAUAUUGUUCAAAGCAAGAUGUCAUUAUUUUCGUUACCGGUAGUCAUUUUCCUUCUGCAGUAAAACAAAAAGUCAACCUCACAGUCU